UUUGACAUGUCCGAGCCAACAUGGCGUCAGCGUGUGCCCAGUUUCGCGGAGUCAGCGGUGGAUUCCAUUGAUGCUCGGGCCACUGCUGACGUACAGAGCGCUCUAACAUGGCGGAGGCAGGACAGGCGGAAUCAGAGCAGGACAUCGAGAGCAAGAUCGAAGAGACACGGCAGAGGUUUAAAAGCGAGUGUGUUGGAGAGUCCCAAGACAAAUAUGACAGCAGAGACGUGGAGAGACUCUUCAGAGACGACGCUCUGGUCGAAGGCUACCUCGCAUGGAGACACUUUGUUGUGGAGGACACCUUAAAGAUGAUCGACGAGAGCUUACAGUGGAGGAAAGAGUUCACACUGAAUGGUAUGCGGGACAUGGACUUUGUGAAGUAUAUUAUUAACUGCUUCAAAGUGUACUAUCCAAAGUUUCUUUCCAAAAUGAUCAUGUACGAGAUGCCUUGGAUCAUGAAUGCUGCCUGGAAGAUAGUGAAGACGUGGCUGGGCCCCGAAGCCAUCAGUAAGCUCAAGUUUGUCACCAAGAGUGACAUCCAGACGUAUGUCGGCCCCGAGCACCUUCCUCCACACAUGGGAGGAACGGACCAAUUCAAAUACAGCUAUCCGCCUCUCCCGGACGAUGACUUCCAGUCUCCAAUCUGUGAAAACGGUCCAAUCGUCAGCGAAGAUGAGAGUGACAUCAAGGAUAUUGAAUCCGAGUCCAAAGAGACUCUCGAGUCCAGUUUCAAUUCUGAGCAAUCAAUCAAACCCAAGAAGGUGAAUUUCCUUGAAGACGGUCAGAAGUCUGAAGAUCUGGACAGAGGAGAUCCUGGACGACUGAGAGGAGCUAGAAAACCUACCACCACAUUCAUGGGCACAUUACUGCACAUCAGUCCAUCAGAAGAGCUCCGAUUCGGUGCUAAAGAAUCAGAGAAGAAGUGUUUGAUCAUCCUCAACAACGUCACCAAAAACCACGUGGCCUUUAAGAUGCAUGUAUCCAACCCGGAAAACUAUCGGGUUUCGGCUGACAGCAAGGUUUGUGAAUCCCUGUAUUUUGGCAUGUAUUAUAUGUGUGUGUGUGUUGCAGGGUUCCAGGCGUCUCCUCAGGACAGGUUUCUGGUCAUGGCAGCAGAGAUGGAGAGCAGCGGCGGAGCCGGCGUCUCAGAGCUCGCUCAGUUCUGGAAGGAGGUUUCUAAAGCCAAAGUCAUGGAGCACAGGCUGCGCUGUCUCCUCCUCGAGAGCCCGAAGUCUAUUCUGAGCAACUGGUCUGAGAGUCCGUCAGCGGCGAGCAACGAGCAUCAGGACCUGCAGAGCACGCUGAUGCGUGUGAUGGCGAGUAACUCGCGUCUGGAGCAGAAGCUGGACUCGUGUCUGUGGACGCAGAAGGUUCUUGUGCUCAUGGUGUGGUUUCUAUUGGCCCUCGCUGCAUACUCGCUCUGGACGUCCUGAAGCUCACAGACUGUCAAACCCAGAGACAUUAUCACGCAGAGCCGUCCAAACACACAAGCUACGAGCUGAAUCAUGGGGUUUUAUCAGAAAUACACCACGCUGUAAUUUAUAAAGAUUGUGUAGAGUUCUUAACAUCAUGCAAAUGUAAUUAACUCAGUCUGAUUUUAAUAUUAUAUACAGUAUUUUAUAAAAGUAUGAACGUGUGAUCAAUAAAAAUGACACUUUUG